AGGGAUUGACUCUUCAGAGUUGUUCAUGUGGUGCAAGAGAUCACUGGGCCUUUGCACUCCCAUGUCUGAUCUGUGGACAGAAGCAGGGAUGACCUUGGACAAGGCAGCUUUCAUCAAUAGGGUCAGUCCCAGAAGGGCGAUGUCAAUAUUAAAUGGAAUAGUCAUUGCAUAAUACUUUUACUAACCUUUACAUCUUUAAUUUUUUUUUCAUAGCAUCUUUUUAUGGUGAAAGCUAUGAGGAGCUCAGCAUCAUAGAAGUUUCCUCUGAGUUAUCUCUUGAGUUAAGAUUUCAAGCCAGCAAAUCACAGGGAUUACUUUUUCAUGCAGCUGGGAAAAAUGACUACUGUGUAGUAGAACUUCUAUCAGGAAAUUUAUGGGUGAGAGUGAAUUUGGGUACAAGUGAACAGGUUCUUCUUUCUGAGCAAAGACUUCAAGUGGAUGACUUGGUUUGGCAUUUGGUAGAAUUAUACCAUGUUAAGGGCACUAUCUCUCUGAUUAUUGACAAACAUUAUGCAACAACUGGACAGAUCACUGGUGGGAGUUAGUGACAACAAGUGGCAUGCUAUUCAACUCAAGCUCACUGGAAGGUAUCUGGACCUGAUGGUAGAUAAACAAGGAGUAAGGAUGUUGCCACCUUUGCAAAGCAAGCCAUUCGUAUCUGAAGGCCCCUUCUCUAUGGGAGGUGUUGAAUGCUGUACUUGGACAGAAGUUAAGAGGUUAAAACUUGCUUCUGUGCCUAAAAAAUAUCUUCAUGGAAUCUCUUUCAAAGGGUGCUUAAAAGGCUUGAAAGCAAACUCAAAAAGGAAAGCACUAAAGGAUGGCCUUGUUUCUAGAGAUAUUUCUGCUGGGUGUAAAACGAAGAGUAUUGAUAACGAAAAUCCUUCUACAACAACAAAAAACCUGCUCCAGUCAGAAGUUUCCCUUUCCACUGCUGUCCCUAAGACUGGCAAGCCUUUUGUUCAAGAUAUGAGUAGCUAUUUUUUGGUUCUGAAUAACUUGGAGGUCCAGGAAGGUGGGCAAGCCUUACUGGCACAAAGACAUAUGAAGGUGGAUGUGAAACUUAAGAUUCUGGGUAUCCAUCAUUCUCAAAUACUAUGUAAAAUAAAAGAAAUGCCUGCUCAUGGGUACCUUCGAUUAGAAGUUCUCCUUGAGCAAGAAAUGGAGAAGGCUUUUACUAUGUUAGAUUUGGGGCAAAGAAAAGUUUGGUAUGUCCACAAUGGUUCAGAAGAAUCUAGGGAUUAUUUCACAUUUGCAGUCUUUUUCAACAUCAAGAAGGAUAUGCUAUUAAAUCCUCAUCAUGUUGCACAUGUGUUUAACAUUAUUGUCAUCCCAGUAAAUGACCUCCCAUAUCUUAAACUCCCUGCAGGAAACUUGCUUGUCUUGUUUGAGAACUCUAAGAAAAGACUGACUUCCAAUACAAUACAUGAAUCUUCCAAUACAAUACAAGGACCCUGACACAGGUUCCUUGAGUCUUAGUUUUUCAGUUCUUGGCAACUUUAAUGCAGAUGCUGGGUUUUUAGAAAACAUACUUGACCCUGGGCGAGCCAUUAAUGGUUUUACACAUGGGGAUUUAAGGAAUGGCAACAUUUUCUACGUCCACAGGGGUUAUUGGAACUCUCGGAUUGUCCUGAGAGCCAGCGAUGGAGAUCUAGUCAGUAAUACUGUGGUGUUAUGGGUCACAGCUUUCCUUGGGACUUUGAAGUGGCCGAUAGACCCAGUGUGACUGUGCAGCAGGGUGGCACAGUGCCAAUUACACAGAGUGACUUGUCAGUGGAGGUUAAUGGUGAACAUCAUGAAAUGAAGACCUGCUAUGUUAUCACUCAUCCGCCUUAAUUUGGCCAGAUUCAGCAGUGAGGAUCAAGUGAGAAAUGGAACAAGUUAAUACCUCUUCUCAGCAUUCUAUUGAUUGGGGUCAGAUCAGGUACUGCAGUACAUUCAAGGAAUUGUAGCUUGAAAAUGUUACGGAUCACUUUACAUUUAACGUUAUCAUAGAAGGAAAAGUCAGCAAAGAGAUGAUGUUUCUUGUUACUGUACAGUGGCUGAAGUUUACACUUCUGAAAAAUGUUCCUCUUGAGAUCAGUCACGUAAACAAGUAAGUGUUGAAUUCUGAUCAUUUGCAGUAUGUGACAGAGGGUGUGAAUGUAGCCGAGAGGGAACUACAUUUUAAGUUACUGAUCCCACCUAAGAACGGAGAAUUGUUCCUUGGCAAUGAAGUUCUAUAAACAAGCUCAAUCUUCAGCCAAAAAAACAUUACAGACUCUGAGAUAACUUAUAAGCCACAAGGGAAGCCCUGGAAAGAUGCACAAGAUCCAUUUGGAUUCUUGAUGCUUGCAAAACACAUUGAAUCAAAAGAUUAUACUUUCAGAAUAAACGUCAAAGCAGAAGAUAUGCACAUUAUUUUAACUAGCAAAGGGUUAUAUGUAAAAGAAGGAGAAAGGAAAGUAAUUAUGAAAUCAGAAUUAUUCGCUCAGACCUCGGACAAUCAGCAUUUCCAAUCUACAAUUGUAGAGUCCUCAACACGGGAAGUUGAAACUUCUGAAUCUUGCAGAUUCUCUGGGAGGACAUGACAAUAUCAUUGUAUUCACUGAUCAAGACAUAGUGAGUGAGCUGCUGGUGUACGUCCAUGAUGACUCUGAGAUCAAGUGUGAUGACUUCCUCCUUGUGGCCUCCACCAUGGGACCAGGCCAAGAGGGAGUGGCCAGUGGUCUUGGCACAGAACAAUAGUCUGCAGAAGUCAGUCACCAUUUCAGUUGAGUUAAAGAAUGAUGAGAAACCCAUGCGUGUGGUAGAUAAGGUUUUCCACGUUGUGUGGAAUGGCCAGCGCUUGCUGACCCUGGCAGAUCUCUGUUACCACAACCCUGAUUCCAAUUUUGAUGAUGGGCAGUUGCUGUAUAUCUGGUGGGGCAUCCUCAGUGGGGAUUUGGUUAGAGCCAGUGACCCCAGUCAGAAACUCUACCAGUUCAAGCAAGACGACAUGAGGGAAGGAUGGGUGCUCUUCAGGCAUCGAGGGGCAAACUCGGCCCGCUUUGUGCUGUUUGUCACUGAUGGUGUCCACUACACAUCAUCCCUUCUCGAAGUCAGUGUGGCAGACCCCUGCGUCCACAUAGCUAACAAUACAAGGCUGCUCGUGCAGAGAGGAAAGGAUGGCCACCUCACUGCAGCCAAUCUCAGUGUCACCACCAACCAAGAUGUCAGAGCGGACCAAGAGAUCCAAUUCUACAUUGUGCAGCCCCCAAAGCAUGGCGGGGUGCUGGUCAACACCUCGGUGUCCCACUCAUUUUCCCAGCAUGACUUGAGGCAAGGGCUUGUGAUUUAUAGACAUGGAGACAGUGGCAACUUUGAUGUGUUCACCCUGACAGUGAAAGAUGUGCACCUAGAAGUGGACGUCUAGGUGUGAGUAUGAGCAGAAAGCCACCAAGGUCACACCCAGGUUCUGCACAGCAAGUCCCUUGUAGUAGAAGGAAAAUCAGUGAAACUGAGUAGAGCAAGACUCCAGGUAGGUAGUUGUCCUGGCACCAAUCAUCCUCACUGUCCCAGAGCCAAGUCAAU